GUCAGGUUAGCAGUCAACUUCACAAUGUGCGUGCGAUUCAAUCAAAUAUUGACGCUUUUGCUGCCCUGAGAGAUGACGGCGUGGUCAUUACAUGGGGAAGUCCUUUGUUUGGAGGUGAUAGCAAUGGAGCCCGACUUUGCAACGUACAAAGCAUCUAUUCCAAUUUUCAUGGCUUUGUUGCUUUGAAGCUAGGCGGUCAGCUGGAAUAUUGGGGCGGUCCAGUGGCGUCAGUUUGCGAAACUGGACUUCCUGAUAUUCAUCAUUUCU